CCAUCUUCUCUCUCUCACUCCUAUGACUUAAAUUCACACAUUAAUAUAGCGUCUAUAAUAAUCUUUUACAUUUAUAUAUUUUCCUCUCAUAUCUCAGAUCUUCUAUCACACCCUCUUCUAUUUUCCAUUGAUAUUUGAACCAUAUAAGAAAGUGUUAUUGUCUUGAAUAAUCAACAUUAGGUCUCAUAUGGACCAAGAUGAUCAGAAAGAUGAAACAGAGGCGGUGGCGUGUGGUAAUAGCAAGUGCAAGAGCAAGAUCGUCCCUGGAGAUGAUCAAGAUGGAGACGAAACCAAGAAAAAGAACAAGAAGAAAUCGCGGAAGACAACAAGACGACGUCAACUAAUGUCAUUUAGUGAGCUUCCUGAUUACAUGAAGGAUAACGAAUUUAUAUUGAAUUAUUACAGAGCUGAUUGGUCCAUUAGAGAUGCUUUCUUCAGCGUCUUCAGUUUCCACAAUGAGUCCCUCAACGUUUGGACACAUUUACUAGGUUUCAUCUUAUUUGUGGCACUUACUGUGGCCAACGUUAUGCAUCACGAUAAGUUCUUCCCCGUGGAUGCAAAGAGUCCAGGGAAUAUAACAAGAUGGCCAUUCUUUGUCUUCUUAGGAGGCUCAAUGUUCUGCCUACUCUCAAGCAGCAUUUGUCACCUCUUCUGCUGCCACUCCGAAGAACUUAACCUCGUCCUCCUCCGCAUAGACUAUACCGGUAUCUCGGUCAUGAUCAUCACUUCCUUCUUCCCAGCAAUGUACUACAUCUUCCUAUGCACACCUCGUUGGUACGUCAUCUACCUCACAGGCAUCACCUCUAUGGGAAUCUUCGCAAUCAUCACACUCUUCACUCCAUCACUCUCCUCUCCCAAGUACCGCGGUUUUCGCGCUUUGCUCUUCGCCGUCAUGGGGCUUUUCGGUAUCGUUCCAGGUGUCCAUGCCCUAGUGGUUAACUGGGGAAACCCGCAAAGGAACGCGACGCUUGUUUAUGAGCUGGCUAUGGCAGUGUUCUAUCUUGUUGGGACAGGGUUCUAUGUAGGGAGAGUGCCUGAGAGGUUUAAACCGGGAUGGUUUGAUCGUGUGGGACAUAGUCAUCAGAUCUUUCAUGUGUUUGUUUUGUUGGGUGCCUUGUCUCACUAUGCAGCUGCUCUCUUGUUCUUGGACUGGCGUGACCAUGUCAGUUGUUAAACCAAUAAAUGUAUAUAUAUUCGUAGUU